CAUGAAGAUGGCAGCAAGGAUUAUAGAGCAACUCCACCACCCAUCUCUCUCCCAAGCCCUCACUGCUCUCACCGCCGCCUCCCACCUCCAUCAAGCCCAUGCUCACCUCAUCAUCUCCGGCCUCGCCUCCCACCCUUUCACCGUCACCCGCCUCCUCGCCUGCGCCGCCCUCUCCCCCUCCGCCUCCGACCUCCCCCACGCCAAAACCAUUUUCCUCCACACCCACAACCCGUCCCCCUUCAUGUUCAACACCAUCAUCAUGGCCUCCUCCAGAACUCUCGACUCCGUCACUUUCUACGUCUGCAUGUUGCAUGCAGGCCACUUUCCUGAUAAUUUCACUUUCCCUUUCCUCAUCAAAUCUUCUUCCGCCUCACCCACGAGCCUCCUUGGUCACCAACUCCACGCCCAUGUCGUGAAGUUCGGGCUCGACCGCGACGUCUUCGUUGUGAACAACAUGAUCGCCUUGUAUUCAAGUUUUCGAGAACUGCGAUCUGCUCGGAAGGUGUUUGAUGAAAGUUAUAGCUUGGUUGAUGUUGUGUCGUGGACUACAUUGAUCACUGGGUUCUCUAAUUCGGGCCAGAUUGAUGAGGCCCGGAAAAUGUUUGAUCUAAUGCCGCUGAAGAAUACUGUUUCAUGGAAUGCAAUGAUCUCAGGAUAUACUGGGUCCAGUAGAAUCAACGAAGCGCGAAAGCUGUUUGAUGAAAUGCCUGACCGAGACGCGGCAUCAUGGAGCGCAAUGGUUUCGGGGUAUUCGCAAUUGGGGAUGUGCAAUGAGGCCUUGGAGCUGUUCAUGGAGAUGGUGAUUGGGGAUAAGAUGAUUCCGAAUGAAGCAGCAUUGGUCAGUGCAGUUUCCGCAUGCGCUCAACUGAGGGCGUUGGAGGAAGGGCGGUGGCUGCAUAGCUACAUCAAAGAGAAGAAGCUGAGGAUUAAUGUGACAUUAGGUACAGUGCUGUUGGACAUGUAUGGCAAAUGUGGGAGCAUCCUUGAUGCUGCAGGAGUCUUCAAUUCGAUGUCCGAAAGGAAUGUGAAUUCAUGGAACUCAAUGAUAGCAGGGUUGGCCUUAAAUGGAUGUGGGAAGGAAGCAUUGUCGUUGUUUUGGAAAAUGCAGUUUGUGGGUCCUUCUCCUAAUGCCAUAACCUUCAUUGCGUUGUUGACCGGGUGCAGCCACUCAGGGUUAAUCGCAGAGGGUCGAUGGCUUUUCAGCAUGAUGACUCAAGUUUAUGGCAUAAAACCUCAGCUGAAGCACUACGGUUGCAUGGUUGAUAUGCUGGGGCGUGCAGGGCUCGUUAAGGAAGCGCUAGAUUUUGUGGAGAAAAUGCCAAUGAAGCCCCAUCCUGAGUUAUGGGGCGCCCUUGUUGGGGCGUGUAGAAUUCAUGGCCAAGUUGAGCUAGGUGAAGAGCUUGGCAAACGUCUCAUUGAUUUGGAGCCACACCAUGGUGGGAGGUAUGCUCUUUUGUGUAAUAUAUUUGCAGCUGCUCAGAGAUGGGAUGAUGUUGCCAUGGUGAGAGAUUUGGAGAAAGGCAGAAAGGUUUUAAAGAAUCCAGGAAAUAGUAUAGUGGAAACAUAGAAGUAUUAAUAGUCAUCAUAGCAGAUCUGAAGAUUCUGAUGCGCCAUAGGUGAUUCCCAAGCACGGGUCCAUCAUGACCUGUGAGGAUUGAUUUUGCAGCUUCCCAUUUGAGGGCUGAUAAAAAACAGAUGGUCUGGGAGCUGAGGAAGGAUCAAUAAUGGUUAUGAAUUUUGGUGCAACUGAUGAAGAUGGUGAACUCAAGGGACUCCAGUGCCUGGUUACUGCAAAGUUUUCCUGAUUGAUGAGGGUCUUAUAGGAUAAUGGAUCUCCAAGCAGCAAGAUGUAUGACACCUAUGAAAGAAGGAGAAGGAAAAAAAAGUUUUACACCAAACAUGGUGUGUAUGAGCAGUCUGAUUUUGGUGAAAUUCUGCAUGGAUCCCCUUAUGCAUGAUAAUCACCCAAAUCCCAUUGGAUGGCCUUGGAGCUAAGAGACUUAGAAAGUGGAGUCUAAUAUAAAACAUUAACUAUUUUCUUUCUUUUCCUAGGUAGAAGUGAUAACUUUUUUAUAUACAUACACCUUUUAUACAUGUAUUCUCUUUUCGUA